CAUACCAUGGAAAGUGUCAACCAGACUGCCUCUGUGACAGAGUUUAUUCUCCUGGGACUCUCGGCCCACCCAAAGCUAGAGAAAACGUUCUUUGUCCUCAUCCUCCUGAUGUACUUGGUGAUCCUGCUGGGUAAUGGGGUCCUCAUCCUGGUCACUGUGUCUGUCUCCCGCCUGCACAUGCCCAUGUACUUCUUCCUGGGGAACCUCUCCUUCCUGGACAUCUGCUAUACAACCUCCUCAGUCCCCCUCAUUCUCGACAGCUUCCUGACCCCCAGGAAAACUGUACCCUUCUCAGCCUGUGCUGUGCAAAUGUUUCUUUCCUUCGCCAUGGGAGCCACAGAGUGUGUGCUUCUGGGCAUGAUGGCAUUUGAUCGCUAUGUGGCCAUUUGUAACCCCCUUAGGUACCCUGUGGUCAUGAGCAAGGCGGCCUAUGUGCCCAUGGCUGCCAGCUCCUGGGCAGCUGGAAGUGCUGCCUCCAUGGUUCAAACGUCCCUUGCAAUGAGACUUCCCUUCUGUGGGAACAACAUCAUCAACCACUUUACCUGUGAGAUCCUGGCUGUCCUGAAGUUGGCCUGUGCUGACAUCUCCAUCAAUGUGAUCAGUAUGGGAGUGACAAAUGUGAUCUUCCUGGGGGUCCCAGUUCUGUUCAUCUUUGUUUCCUACGUCUUCAUCCUCACCACUAUCCUGAGGAUCCCUUCAGCUGAGGGGAGGAAAAAGGCCUUCUCCACCUGCUCUGCCCACCUCACAGUCGUGGUCGUCUUCUAUGGGACUAUCCUUUUCAUGUAUGGGAAGCCCAAAUCCAAGGACCCCCUGGGGGCAGACAAGCAGGACCUUUCAGAUAAGCUCGUCUCCCUCUUCUAUGGGGUGGUGACCCCCAUGCUCAACCCCAUCAUCUACAGCCUGAGGAACAAGGACGUGAAGGCUGCUGUGAGAAACUUGGUGAGUCAGAAAUGCUUCACCCAGUGA